AUGUCGGAGAAAGAUGGGGGUGCGGUGAGAAGGGAGAGUUGUAUGGAUGCUUUUCGAGGUGCAAUUGAUUCAUGUGAGUUACGUGACUUGGGUUAUAAAGGUUGUAUUUUUACUUGGCAGAGAGGAAAUCAUGUGGAUACCUUCGUUAGGGAGCGCUUAGAUAGGUUCCUUGGUGAUGAUGGAUGGUGCAACCUUUUUCCUAAUUUUUCAGUUCAACAUCUUGCUAGAGUUACUUCGGACCAUACUCCUAUCUUUCUUGACACGAUAAAUUAUUAUGAAAGGGGAAGGAAAGGAAAAAUAUUUCGGUUUGAAGCUUUAUGGCUCUCAAAGGAGGAUUGCUCUGAGGUUGUGUCGAAGGCCUGGUGUGAUGGUGAAGGGAGUGAGCCGCAUAAAAGAAUUGCAUUAUGUGCGGAAUAUUUAACCAAGUGGGCAGCAACAUCUUUUGGUGAGAUUAAGAAGAAAAUCCGAAACAAAGAAUGUGAGCUCCAAGAGGCGUAA